AUCACACUUGCAGCAAAGAUAAUCGCUCUCUCAUAUUUCAAAAGAGAAAAAAAAAAGUAAAUGACGACAUACGGCACAAAUCCAACGUCAGCUAACGACCUAGCACCAAAACUCGAGUACAUUACACGAGCCGAUGACCACCACAACGUAAGACCCGGCCUCGACACGCGCCGUCCAUGGAAACAAAUGCUAGACCUCCGCUCUUUCAACUUUCCGCGCAAAAUAGCCACCGUGAUCACCAGAAAAGCGAACACCGUCUACUUCCAGACAAACUACACCAUCGUUGUCCUCUUCUCCGUGUUCCUCAGUCUGGUCUGGAAUCCCUUGUCACUCCUAAUCCUACUUGCUAUAAUCGGCGCGUGGCUCUUCCUCUACUUCCUCCGUGAUGAACCACUCACUGUAUUCGACCGCGAGAUCGACCACCGUGUCGUUCUUAUUGCCAUGUCCGUUAUCACUCUCUCGAUACUUUUCUUAACCGACGCAAAACUCAAUAUUGCGGUGGCCGUCGUGGCAGGCGUUGCGGUUGUAUUGUCCCACGCGGCUGUUAGGAAAACCGAAGACAUGUAUCAAAACGAAGAUGAAACCAGUCGUUUACUUCCCUAAGUAUAAAAUGAUAUUCAAUUGCUAGAAUAUUUCACAUUAAUAGUUCGAUUGUUUAGUUGCGUUAGGCUUUUCAAAUCUGUUAUCACUAAAAUCUUGUAACAACCAUUGUUUAUUAUGUUUGUUUUUUAUGUUCCACGUUAUAGCUUAUUAGUAUUCG